CUGAUUCAAAGGUAUCCGAUAUGGUGGGCGAAAUAAAGAUCUGAACAUUAUGUUCCACCAAACCCGUCCCAACAUUUUCAAGUUAACCUGACAGAAAAGUGAACAUUCAACUCAUCCCAACGUGCAAGCAAACUGAUAGCUUCUGAUACGAUUCCACUUAUUCAUGCUGACGAGGCUCAUAGAAAAAGUCAAUCAGACGUCGAAAAUGUCGUUUUGGCACAUGUCCAGAAUGAUGGAUCGCAUGAUGGACGAGUAUAUGAAAGAACUGGCAAAAAACGGACGUGGAGGUAUCGCGCCUUACUGGCGAGAUGCAGAUCAUUCCAUUUUACAAGUGGCCAAUGAAGCUCACAAGCUGGUAAAUGAUGACAAGAAAUUUGCGGUCUCCAUUGAUGUUUCUCAGUUCAAACCAGAGGAACUGAAAGUGAAUCUGGAUGGCAGGCUCCUGACCGUUGAGGGAAAACAAGAACAUAAGGAUGAUCACAGCUUUAUGGCCAGGUCAUUCGUCCGUUCAUGGACAUUGCCGGAAGAUGCAGAUCCCGACGCUCUCCACUCGGAACUAAAUGACAAAGGACAAUUGACCAUUGAGGCUCCGAAAGUUGGCUCCUCUAGCCGUUCCAAAAAGAAUAUACCCAUCCGUCCAGCAGAACGCGAUUAGAUCGAUCGCGUCUUGUCUGAUGCUCCAUAGUUCCAUACAAAUAAAAAGUUGGUACCGGC